AUGGCACCCACUCACCGCCGUGGUCCUUGGGUCCCAGAAGAGGACAGCACUCUGAUGCAGUUGGUACACGAACAAGGUCCCAACAAUUGGGUUCGCAUUUCUCAGCAAAUGCAGUUCCGGUCUCCCAAGCAAUGCCGGGAAAGAUUCCAUCAGAACCUCAAGCCAUCGCUCAACCACACCCCCAUAUCCGCAGAGGAGGGGCUGAUGAUCGAGCGCAUGGUUAAUGAAAUGGGAAAGCGCUGGGCUGAAAUUGCCCGCAGACUUGGUAACCGCAGCGAUAAUGCGGUUAAAAACUGGUGGAAUGGUAGUAUGAACCGCAAGCGGAGAGGCUUGGUGGUCCAGACAGGACACCCAUCUCGCACUUGCAAUGGCCGAAUUGAGGCCCCAUAUCCACGAGCCAGCGACAACAUACGUCGAUCAUCAUGGUCAUUCAAAGGCCAUCCCGACGGAAGCCCAGUCGCCGUCUCUCACCUGAUUCACGAACGGUCUGACUCUCCGAACAACAACCGUCGUUAUCUUGCACCCGUUGUUACCUUUAGCACUCGACCUGUGGAACCGUCUAUGACAUCCCCCGCCUUCUCGGAGGUAUCUACGCUUGAUCCACCAUCUUUAGUUUCUGAUCACAAUUCUGUAUCUUCUGCUUCCCCUCGGACACUACCUUCGCCUCAGAUGCUACCUCUUCCAGUUGACGUUCGUCAGGUCUACGUGGAGCGUCGUUGCAGCGUGCCUACUUUUUUACAACAUACUAAUUCCUCGAAAGAAGAUAUUUAUGUGUCUUCUGACCCAGAUGCGAACGCGGUGCGAAAAUGGGAAAGCGAAUACCACAGUCCUCAGCCAUUCAAACCGUCAGGCCAUCACUACUCCAACUCUGUGCCGGAAGCAACAGAAUCUCAUGAGGACCGCCGAGACUCUCGCAUGGGUCUAAAGUCAUUACUGAAUUAA